GAUCCGGACCGCCACAUGCACCCAUUCUGCUGCGUGCCGCCCGUCUCCGUCUCCCCCGCCGCCUCCUCCUCCGCCACGGCGGCGGCCGAGACCUCCGCGGCGGCGGGUCUCCCCGCCGCGAUGCCGCCGCCGCCCCCGCCACCGUCGAUGCCCACGCCGCGCAGCAGCUCCACCGCCACCCCCGGCGAGCGCCGCGUGCGCCUCUCGGGAGCCAGCGUCGUCGGCGGCGGCGGGUCCACCUCGCCGCCCGAGGGCGUGAAGCUGAACGAGAUCGUCGGCGGCGGCAUCUCCGGGGUCCUCUACAAGUGGGUCAACUACGGCCGCGGCUGGCGCCCGCGCUGGUUCGCGCUCAGCGACGGCGUGCUCUCCUACUACAAGAUCCACGGGCCCGACCGCAUCCUCCUCUCGCGCGACACCGACCGCGCCGCCAAGGUCAUCGGCGAGGACUCCCUCCGCCGCCUCGCCCGCCCCUCCACCUCCUCCUCCUCCUCCUCCUCCGCCCCCCACUCCAACGGCCACCACAACCCGCCCCGCAAGCCCCUCGGCGAAAUCCACCUCAAGGUCUCGACCGUCAGGGAGAGCAGAUCGGACGACAGGCGCUUCUCGAUCUUCUCGGGGACCAAGCGGCUGCACCUGCGCGCGGAGACGCGGGAGGACCGGGCCGUCUGGCUGGAGGCGCUGCGCGCCACCAAGGAGAUGUUCCCCAGGAUGUCCACCAGCGAGAUGGUCGGGCCGGGGGACACCGCCGCGGCCGCGGCCGUCUCCACCGAGCGCCUCAGGCAGCGCCUGCAGCAGGAAGGGGUCGGCGAGGCGGCCAUUGCCGACAGCGAGAGGAUCGUGCGUGCCGAGUUCGAGGCCCUGCAUAAGCAGCUCGUGCUCCUCAAGCAGAAACAGGCACUGCUCCUUGACACCCUACGCCAUCUAGAGACAGAAAAGGUUGAUUUGGAGAAUACCCUCGUUGACGAGAGCCAAAGGCAGUCAAAAGAGUACGGCUCUGCUUCUAGACCAAGGAAUGAGAAGUAUAGUGAAGGAAGUGCUAGUGAAUCUGAUGAUUAUAAUGAACCACAAGAUCCUGCUGAAGAAGAGACAGACGAGGAUGAGAACAUUUAUUUUGAUACAACAGAUUUUCUUUCGUCAAGCUCUUUUAAAAGCAGUGGAUCUGAUUUCCAAAGAUCUGAAGCUGGUUCAGAUGACGAGGAUGAUUAUCCAAUGGAUGGAAUUGAUCCUUCCAUGAAGUCUGUUGGAAUUAGUUAUCCAUACGUAAGAAGGCGUAAGAAGCUGCCAGAUCCCGUUGAGAAAGAGAAGGGUGUGAGCCUGUGGUCAAUGAUCAAGGACAACAUAGGGAAGGAUCUUACCAAAGUCUGUCUGCCUGUUUACUUCAAUGAGCCUCUUUCAUCAUUACAAAAAUGUUAUGAGGAUCUCGAGUAUUCCUACCUUAUUGAUCGUGCAUAUGAAUGGGGCAAAAGGGGGGAUAGUCUUAUGAGGAUUCUUAGUGUAGCAGCAUUUGCUGUUUCUGGUUAUGCCUCUACGGACGGAAGGAGCUGCAAGCCCUUUAAUCCCCUUCUUGGUGAGACCUACGAAGCAGAUUAUCCAGAUAAAGGCCUCCGUUUUUUCUCAGAAAAGGUCAGUCAUCAUCCUAUGGUUGUUGCAUGCCACUGUGAAGGAACUGGCUGGAGAUUUUGGGCAGAUAGCAACUUAAAGAGCAAGUUCUGGGGUCGAUCCAUUCAACUUGAUCCUGUUGGUAUGUUAACAUUGGAGUUUGAUGAUGGUGAAGUUUUCCAAUGGAGCAAGGUGACCACUUCCAUUUACAAUCUCAUAUUGGGCAAACUGUACUGUGAUCACUAUGGCACUAUGCGCAUUCAAGGCAACCGUGAAUAUUCAUGUAAGCUGAAAUUCAAGGAGCAGUCAAUUAUUGAUCGCAACCCUCAUCAGGUCCAAGGUGUUAUUCAGGACCGAAGUGGUCGAACUGUUGCUACACUCUUUGGGAAGUGGGAUGAAAGCAUGCACUAUGUGAUGGGUGAUUGCUUUGGAAAAGGCAAGGGAUCAGAAAAUUUCUCUGAGGCUCAUUUGUUGUGGAAAAGGAGUAAACCGCCCAAGUUUCCCACUCGUUACAAUUUGACUAGCUUUGCAAUCACACUAAAUGAACUUACCCCUGGAUUGAAGGAAAAACUACCACCAACAGACUCAAGAUUGCGACCAGACCAGAGGUGCCUAGAGAAUGGUGAAUAUGAAAGAGCAAAUGCUGAGAAGUUGAGACUUGAGCAGAGACAACGGCAGGCACGGAAGAUGCAGGAGAGCGGGUGGAAACCUCGGUGGUUUGCGAAGGAUAAAGGUACAGACACGUACCGCUACCUUGGUGGUUACUGGGAAUCCAGAGAAAAUAGCAGCUGGGAAGACUGCCCUGACAUUUUCGGACAACUUCCUAACGAUUUAAUGAUAACUGACUAGAUUCAAGUAGGUUAUAGGUCUUAUGGUUCUCUGAUUUCUUCUUUUGGGAUCCGUUGGUUCCAUAUUUUAGUGGUUUAUAGUAGAGCAAUUAAAUGACUUUUGGCCUAUAAGCCAAGGCUGCCCUUCAAAUACAUUGUUUUGCCGUACAUAAUAAGAGAGUGGUUCGUCCAAAAUGUCACUUCGAAUCAUGUUUUCUUGUGAGAAUGUUACUCCCACAAGUUCAGAGUGGUGUUAUAUAGGCCAUUUGUGUAUAUUUGGAUAUGUAACUUGCAUUGAAGAGCCAAAGAAUAUUAAAGCAUGGUGCAUCCAUGUUGGUUUGCCCCAA